GUGAAAUCUUCUGGGAUGAUGAAAUAUCCAAGUCCAAAGAAUUUCCAGUUUUAAGACAGGCAAUAGAAUUGGAAAUAGAAUAUUUUAAGAUCCCCAUUAAUUCUGAAAAACAUGCUGCCCAUAACUUACAACAAUCAAUAAGCAGGUUUACCUCAGAAGUCAAAGUCGGAUAUACGCAAAAUGGCUGUUAUUCCUGUUGCGAACCAUUUUAUAACUAUGAAAAUGGAAAAUGGUUUGAAGAAUUUAAAAAACAAGGCUAUGCAUUGCUCAGCAAUGAAAAGAUUGUUAGUAUAAUAGAAAAACAGCUUAAGAAAUAUUUUUCUUCUAUUAAAGUAAAAACCCAAUUUAAUAGUUAUAGAUAUUUGGUAGUUUAUGAUUUCUUUGAUAUAGAUACUAUC